UGAUUUAACACUUUGUGGGUUGUAGUCGGUGAGAAACUGACUCAAAGUGUUGAAGGUUGCAGACUUCUGUCCUGGAAAUUGAUGCAGAUUUUUUUUUUUUUAUUUUGACUUAAAAAACCAACAAAAUCACAAUUUAAAUAGAUCUAACUAUAAGGCAGUGCUUUUGGAAUUGGCCAGGUAUUUUUCUUAAUUUAACAACCUCCUCAUUAAUGUGAGACUUUAGAUUUAGAUUUUUGAAAGAAGCAAGAAGAUCUUGAGGAAAGUUCGAAAACCAUCACAUAUUUUCUGCAAGAAUAUUGGUACAUUCUAGAUAACAAUAAGGUAGAUUUGACUUCAUUAGAAAAUGUGAUUUAGUUUAUUGUCAUCAUUUUAAUCAGGUUUGUUUAGAUAAAGGGAUUAAUUUCAUGGAAUAUCCUCGAAAUAUCCCUGUGGAGAUCUGAGUUCAGCACCGGGCGCUGUCCAUGGUUCUGAUCCAGAAGCGCUCCUUCCUUAAUAAACUCCCGCGCACAGUCAGUGAUUGGCUUUUCAUCAUAGCUCCUAAACAGGAGGAAUCCUUGAUUUGUAAUCGUCCCUGACGGCUGCUCUCUCGUGUUGUCGUGCCGUAGCUCAGCCCCUCAGCCCCACACCGCGCUGAGCUCACUCAGAAGGCGGGUCGGUCGGUCGGUCGGUCGGUCGGUGAGAGAAUCCACGGCCCGGCAGCAGUUGCGCUGAGUGAGCCGAGAGAGAGAGAGAGAGAGAUGCGCGUUCACUGAGCGCUGCUGUUUUCCUCCACAACAUUCUGCAUCUCCCCAACUCCUCUCCUGGACUCCUAUUCUGGAUUAUUAUAAAACACAGUCGGACUUUAUCCGUUUGGAAUCGUCGCCUCAAGACGCGGAGAUUUGUGUUUUCUAGGAUUGUGUUUUCAUGACUCUCAAACCAUGGGGCAAAGGGGCAGAUCGAGUGUUGCCAUCAUAUGCUUCAAAACGGGAAAAAUCAAGGAAAAUUCAGGAGAUGCCGGUCUAAGUGUCCUUCACCAAUCCACGCUCUGAAGAUCCCGGAUCCUGGGGAACACAUUCUUUAUAAUAGAUCUGACUUUGAAAUAACAAAGACAACUCAGCAGACAAAGUCUGGACCUGAAAUUGAAGUCAAAUGUUGUCCCUGUGAAGAUCUACUCCUAGUUCUCCCGCUCUUCUAGCGUGCCCUGUUUCCCUCUACGAUGAAUCCCAACAGCCUGUUCAGGCGUGUUGUCAUGCUGCUAAGUACGAUGCUGGGUCUGAGCGCAAGCUUAGAGUUUCCCGGCUCAAAAGGUCAGUGGGCUCGCUACCAGCGUUGGGACGCCAGCUCCACGAGUGACCUGACCUUCCAGUUCAAGACCUCAGCGUCGGAGGGCCUGCUGCUGUACUUCGACGACGGCGGAUACUGUGACUUCCUCCUUCUCACCCUGUCCGAGGGGAAGCUUCAGCUUCACGUGAGCAUCGACUGCGCCGAGACCACCAUCACCUCGGCCAAAAUGGUGAACGACAGCCGCUGGCACUUCGCCGCCAUCAACAGGGAAAACUUGCGGACUGGCUUGGCCGUGGACGGCCAGAUCAAGACGGGAGAGGUGCGGCCUCAGCGGCACUUUAUGAAAAUCGUCAGCGACCUCUUCCUGGGAGGGCUUCCCGAGGACAUCCGCAUUUCUGCCAUCACCCUCCCGUCUGUCUGUGAGCUACCAGCGUUCAGAGGAGUUAUCUCAGACCUCAGUUAUGGGAGUAAACUGCCCACGUUAAUCAACAGUCAGAAGGUACGCUUGGAGAUGAUUGGCCUUUGCACGGAGAACCCCUGUGAGAACGGCGGGAUCUGCUCUCUGGCAGAUGGAGAAACCUACUGUGACUGCUCCAGAACUGGAUAUGUAGGUCGAUACUGCACCGAAGCAGUCCCAAGAAAACCAGGCCUGGCGCACCUGAAGGCAGAACAAGGUAGAAACAAAGUGAGAGAAGAAAAUGUGGCCACGUUCCGCGGCUCCGAGUACUUCUGCUACGACUUGUCCCAGAACCCCAUCCAGAGCAGCAGUGACGAAAUCACGCUGUCAUUCAAGACCUGGCAACGGAACGGCCUGCUCCUCCACACGGGAAAAUCUGCUGACUAUGUCAACCUGGCGCUGAAAGAUGGGGCAGUUUCCCUUGUCAUCAAUCUGGGCUCUGGGGCUUUUGAGGCCAUCGUUGAGCCAGUCAACGGAAAAUUCAAUGACAACUCCUGGCACGACAUCAAAGUGACACGCAACUUGAGACAGCAAUCAGGCAUUGGACACGCUAUGGUAAACAAACUACAUUGUCUGGUGACAAUCUCCGUCGAUGGGAUCCUCACCACAACUGGCUACACCCAGGAAGACUACACCAUGCUGGGCUCUGAUGAUUUCUUCUAUGUGGGCGGGAGCCCGAGCACUGCAGACCUGCCGGGAUCUCCAGUCAGCAACAAUUUCAUGGGCUGCCUGCGAGAGGUGGUGUAUAAGAACAACGACAUCAGGCUUGAGCUCUCCCGGCUCGCCCGCAUCGACGACCCGAAGAUGAAGCUUCAAGGCGACAUUGUCUUCAAGUGUGAAAACGUUCCCACUCUGGACCCCAUCAACUUUGAGACGCCCGAUUCCUUCCUGGCUCUGCCCAAGUGGAACACCAAACGCGUGGGCUCCAUCUCUUUCGACUUCCGCACCACCGAACCCAACGGGCUGAUCCUCUUCACCCAAGGCCGGCCUCAGGACCGGCGGGACGCCAAAGGCCAGAAGAACAACAAGGUGGACUUCUUUGCCGUGGAGCUGCUGGACGGAGCGCUUUUUCUGCUGCUGGAUAUGGGAUCUGGAACCAUUAAAGUCAAAGCCACGCAGACUAAAGUCAAUGAUGAGGCGUGGCACCAUGUGGACAUCCAGAGAGACGGACGCUCAGGCAUCAUCUCAGUAAACAGCCAUCGGACCCCCUUUACUGCAAGCGGAGAAAAUGAGAUCUUGGACCUUGAAGGAGACCUUUAUUUGGGCGGUCUGCCGUACAACCGGGCGGGUUUGGUGCUCCCCACAGAGCUCUGGACGGCUAUGCUCAACUACGGUUAUGUGGGCUGCAUCCGGGAUCUUUUCAUCGACGGACGGAGCAAGAACAUCCGGCAGAUCGCUCAGUCGCAAAACAUAACUGACAUCAAGUUUUCCUGUAGCAAGGUAUCGGGAAAGCAUUGUGACAGCAGCCCCUGCAAGAACAACGGAGCGUGUAGGGAGGGAUGGAACCGGUUCGUGUGUGAUUGCACUGGGACGGGCUUCUGGGACAGCACCUGCGAGAGAGAGUCGUCCAUCCUGUCCUUCGAUGGCACCAUGUACAUGAAGGUGGUGAUGCCCAACGUGAUGCACACUGAGGCCGAGGACGUAUCCUUGCGGUUCAUGUCGCAGCGGGCGUUCGGCCUCCUCAUGGCCGCCUCAUCUCGUGAGUCGGCAGAUACGCUGCGGCUGGAGCUGGACGGCGGGCGGGUCAAGCUGACGGUCAACCUUGAUUGUGUCAGGAUAAACUGUAACACCAGCAAAGGCCCUGAGGUUCUUUAUGCGGGAGAAAAGCUCAACGACAAUGAGUGGCACUCAGUGCGAGUGGUCCGUCGCGGUAAAAACUUCAAGCUCAUUGUGGAUGAAGACAUGGCUGAAGGUCAGAUGGCGGGCGAUCACACCCGUCUCGAGUUCAACAACGUGGAAACGGGCAUCUUGACUGAGAAACGUUUUGUUUCUUCAGCACCUUCACCGUUUAUUGGUCACCUUCAGAGCCUCAAAUUCAACGGCAUGCAGUACAUUGACAUGUGCAAAAACGGGGACAUCGAUUUCUGCGAGCUGAACGCCCGCUUCGGCAUGCGCUUCAUCAUCGCAGACCCCGUCACCUUUAAGACGAAGGCCAGCUACCUGGGCCUGGCCACGCUGCAGGCGUACACCACCAUGCACCUGUUCUUCCAGUUCAAAACCACCUCGCCCGACGGCUUCAUCCUCUUCAACAGCGGAGACGGGAACGACUUCAUCGCCGUGGAGCUGGUCAAAGGGUUCAUUCACUAUGUGUUCGACUUGGGGAACGGGCCCAGUCUGCUGAAAGGGAACAGCGACAGUCCUCUGAACGACAACCAGUGGCACAAUGUUGUCAUCACAAGAGAUGCUUCCAACACACACACACUCAAAGUGGAUUCCAAGUCAGUCAACCAAAAUGUCAACGGAGCCAAGAACCUGGACCUCAAAGGUGACCUGUUCAUUGGAGGUUUGGGACCCAACAUGUAUCAGAAUCUCCCCAAGCUGGUGGUUUCUCGAGAAGGCUUCCAGGGCUGCUUGGCCACUGUGGAUCUGAACGGCCGCCUGCCCGACCUGAUCAGCGACGCCCUUUUCCGCAGCGGGCAGAUCGAGCGUGGCUGUGAAGUGGCUUUCACCAAAGCCGACCUGCAAGGUCCGAGCACCACCUGCCAGGAGGACUCGUGUGCCAACAUGGGCGUGUGCAUUCAGCAGUGGGAGAACUUCACCUGCGACUGCUCCAUGACCUCCUACACGGGGACCUACUGCAAUGACCCUGGCACCACCUACAUCUUCGGCAAAGGAGGGGGUCUGAUCACGUACACGUGGCCCAACAACGAGAGGCCGAGCACCAGGGCGGACCGGCUGGCGGUGGGCUUCAGCACCACCAUCACCGACGGCAUCCUGGUUCGCAUCGACAGUGCCCCACGCCUGGCGGAUUACAUCAUGCUCCACAUCGAACAAGGAAAGGUGGGCGUGACGUUCAACAUCGGGACGGUGGACAUCAGCGUCAAGGAGACGUCCACUCUGGUCAACGAUGGCAAAUACCAUUUAGUGAGAUUCACCAGGAAUGGAGGCAACGCCACCUUGCAAGUGGACAACUGGCCAAUCAACGAGCACUUCCCCUCAGGCAACAGCGACUUUGAGCGCUUUCAAAUGGCAAAUAAGAAAAUCCCGUUCAAAUAUACCCGGCCAGUAGAGGAUUGGCUUCAGGAGAAAGGACGGCAGCUGACAAUCUUCAACACCCAGGCCACCAUCUCCAUCGGUGGAAACGACCGGAAGCGGCCCUACCAGGGCCAGCUCUCCGGCCUCUACUAUAACGGCCUGAAGGUCCUCAACAUGGCGGCCGAGGGCCACCCCAACAUCAAGGUGACCGGCAGCGUGCGGCUGGUGGGCGACGUGCCGCCCAGCCGGGGCGCCACGCGCACCACCACGUCCGUGCCGCCGGAGAUGUCCACCACCUUCAUUGAGACCACGACCACCCUGUCUACGACGACCACGCGGAAACAGAGAUCGCCACCUACUAUUCAGACAACAGAUGACAUUGUUUCCUCAGCAGAGUGUUCCAGCGACGACGAGGACCUGGAGGAGUGCGACUCCGGACACACAGUUGACGAAACGGAUGGAGGGGAACUAGUCAUCCCCGUGCUAGUCGAGGACCCCAUAGACAUCCCUUCUGUCUCCACCCGUUCACCCUUCAUCCCCCUCCCCCCAACCCUCCGCCCUGUCCUCACCAUUAUUGAGACCACCAAAGAAUCCUUGGCCAUGGCCACUGAGGCGGGGGUACCUUGCUUGUCGGACCGAGGCAGCGAUGAUUGUGAUGGUGGUGAUGGUGGUGAUGAUGGUGAUGAUGGUGAUGAUGAUGAUGGCAUGGUGAUUUCGGGGUUUGGCUCUGGCGAAGCUUUCGACUCUAGCCUGCCCCCGACUGACGAUGAAGAUUUUUACACCACCUUCUCCCUGGUAACAGAUAAAAUCUUGACCACAUCGGCCUAUGAAGGCGGCUACAAAGCUCUCGCACCCAAGUGGGAGGCCAAGGACUUGAGGCCUAGCAAAGCCUCAGAGUCAGGUAGGACUACACCCACCUUGGCUCAGCCCAACAUCCGAGGUACGCCCCCAGCGGCAGUCCCAUCAGACACGCCACCCAAGCUGCCCGCAGGGAAAAUGAAUAACCGCGAGGUAAAGCCCCCACAGCCAGACAUGGUCCUGGUGCCCUUGCCCACGUCCUUUGAUAUGGACGGCACCAAGCCCCGGGGCCCCUUCAUCACCUCGCCUAUGCUGCGUACCGUGCCUGCUCCCUUGCCCACCGUGCCUGGCGUGGUGCGGCGAGUGCCCUCGGGGGCCUCGGAGGUGAUCCGGGAGUCCAGCAGCACCACGGGCAUGGUGGUAGGCAUCGUCUCAGCUGCCGCCCUUUGCAUUCUCAUUCUCCUCUAUGCCAUGUACAAGUACAGGAACAGGGAUGAGGGUUCCUAUCAGGUGGACGAAACGCGCAAUUACAUCAGCAACUCGGCGCAAACCAAUGGCGCUGUGGUGAAAGAUAAAGCGCCCAGCAGCAACGCCAAAGGCAAUGCCAGUAGCAAGAGACCGAAAGACAAGGACAAGGAAUAUUAUGUAUAGAAAUUCAAACCAUUUCCCAACAUGUUGAAACAAACUGUUUGAAACAAGGCUACGGACAUCCUGACAGUACCAUAUUGGCAACUGUGAUUUCAAACUAAAUCUCUUGAGAACUUAAGAGUCUCAUAAACACUUAGGAAAGAACUUUGGCUAAUGGGAGCUCACUUAUCAAGAGACGAUGCAGGAGGACUUCACGGUGGACGUUUUUAAGGAAUCCCUGCUGGAGAUGUGGAUAACAUCACCGACACCCACAUGACCCCCGAGUGACAGGGAAGCGGUGUGCGAUCCUUGGAGUUCUAAUGACUUUGUCCAUUGUAACCCUGUAAAAUAUGAUCACUGUCAUUUCGGCCAUUCUGAGCAUGCAUGUGAGGUGUAUGUGACGUGUUGCUGGCAUCUGUGUAAGUGAGGGACCUCAAGAAACUAUGAUUGUUGGGGGAAGUCGGACGUGGAAACACGAUCAAACGGUUUCAUGAAAUGUAGCUAAUGGACGCGACCCGAGGUAACGUAACUUAGCAAAGUUGACUAAAAUCUGUCUUUUUUUAAUUUUUAGAACUUGUUUUUUUUAUUCAUGGGAUUAUUAUUUAUACUUUUUGAAAGUCGAUGGCUUGUCACAGUUGGAAGUGCUCAGUGGCUGCUCAGAAGGGUGUGAUUCUGUCGCAAACUGUUUCCCGAUUUUCGGGAAUUCUUUGCACCAAAUUUUUUUUUUUUGUUCAAUGUGGAAAACCGUCUGAACAAAAAUGUCUGAAAAGCACAUUUUUUUAAAUUAUUUAAACUGAAUUCAAGGUUCUAGACUUCCCUUUGUCAUGUUAAGUUCCAUUGUCUCCACUUUAUGUCCUGGGGCAAAGUUGAUCAUCAAAAAAAUUUACUGCAGAGUGAACAAGAGUGAAUUUUCUUACAAACGGUCAUAAACGAUAUGUUUACAAAUUUUAUUACAUUUAGCUGUUGUGCUUUGCAGGUCAAUAUUGUACAGAAAAUUCAAGUUUCGGUUGAGUUUUUUGUCUUCAUUUAGGUUCCUCUGCUGUAGCAACAUGACAACAACAUGUUUUGUCCUUUUUCCCUGGAAAAAAAAAGAAAAAUGAAAGGAUGUGCACACUGACGUUUGUUUAGACAGGAAGUAAUUGUUAGGUUAGACGUCCAGGGGUCUUUCUCUUUAGUCGAUACUUGACCAUCUAAAGCUGUCAAAGAGAAAUCUCUUCCUCCGGAUCUUGUUCAAGGGACUUUUCCAAAAAUAAGUUUCAUCAUGUUAUUUAUUUUUUUAUUGGAAAAAAAACAAGAAUAAAGACAGAUUAUGGUGGAAUAAGGGUUUGUGUUAGCCCCUUACUGGCUUACAGAUGGGCUCUUUUUUGUGUUUAUGUAUUUCUUUUUUUACCAUGUCUUGUCUGCUUAACUAGUUUUCUCACUUUUUCAGUUAAUAUAUGUUCUUUUUGUUAUUAAUUGCUAAUAAUAUUUUGUUCUCACUUUCAUGCAAAGUCCGUCUGUGUGUGCAUUCUCUUUGAUUUUAUUUUUUCUUCGUGUGUCUUGGUGCUUCUUCUUUUUCAGCCGAUUCAUUAUUGUUUAAUCUUUCGUUGACUUCGAGCAUUUCCCAGAAAUAAAAUGUUGUUCCCAAAAUG